AUGGCACGUCCCAGUAGCGGCGAUGUGAAGGAACUGACUGUAACAUUUCAACCCCCGUUGUAUCUUGAGAGACGAGGCUGGAUCUUCGAGAUCUUGAGGAGGGAGGAUGUGCACACGGUAUUGGAUGUCGGCUGCGGAGAGGGAGAGCUCAUCUCAUGUCUAUGCAACCCGGCACCAUGGCUUCCUCCCCCGCCAACAUCCGUCUUGGAUUCGCUGGCUAAUUGUGCGGGCAACACAGCGGACGCUUGCGACAAUUUCCAUAUCGCAGCGGCACUUCCAGAAGUGUACCUUCACCCAACUAAGGUCAUUGGACUUGACAUCGCUCCCAACGACCUGAAGUACGCGAUCGAAGGCACAGCGCCCCGCAACUCGAUUCGAUGGAGUCCUCUUGAAGUCAACAUCUGGCAAGGUAGCCUAGAGUCGAUCAAUCCUGAAUUCAUCGGCAUUGAAUGCAUCGUUUCAACAGAAGUGAUUGAGCACUUGCCUGACGAGACCUUGCGGGAUUUUGCGCCCGUUCUGCUCGGCGCAUAUCAUCCACGGCUGCUCCUAAUCACGACACCAUCAUACACCUUCAAUACGCGCUUUCUGCCUCCAGAUGUACCUUCCAGCGCACGGAACGGCUUCCCAGAUCCAACAGGUCGUACAACUCGCAUCUUUCGUCACCACGACCAUAAGUUCGAGUGGACCGUGGAGGAAUUCCGCCAGUGGUGUCAAAUUGUCGCCGAGGACUGGGGGUAUGACGUCGACGUAAGCGGCGUCGGGAAACCGGUUGAGAAGGACGAGUGGGGGCGCGACGAGGAAUUAGGUUAUGCUUCCCAAGUUGCCGCCUUUCGAAGGCGGGAGGGCCAACCGCACGAGGAACAUCGGUGCGCAAAACUCUUAGCAGCAUCCGUACUGCAAAGGACAGAAAAUAGGCCGAAACACAAGCUAUUGGCUACGCACCAGCAUAUUGCACACGAGCGGACCCAUCAGCCACAGGCCCUUGACGAGAUUGGCAUAUGUGUCGUAGACAAGAUGGUAUACUAUCAAGACACGGUCAUGAGAGUCGGGGAGCUGUGGUCUGAGGAUGCAAUUUCUGAGCAAUGCGGAGGCUGGCUGGAUGUCCUAAUCAAGGCCGUUGAUGUGCAUCCAGAUUUGCAAUUAUGCUCCUCGCAUACAAAAACCCUGUCAAACUGGGAGAUAGUCUUGAAAGGCCGGGUUUUCAAGGAGAAAGUUCUCUGGCAAGAGCAAACACUAGAUAUGCAGCAUAACAACAACUCACCGUCUUCUGUCGGCUCGUUCGAAGAGCUCGUGACGCCCGAUGAUGGUGACCACAAGGGGUUUGAAGGCGUUAUAUGGCACGAUGACCCACUUCGGAAGAUAACGCAUGGAGACGAGGUGACUGAGCCAUCCCUGGCGCCCCACGAUUUGGUGGGCAAUUGGGAUUCAUGGAAGUCAACAACAGGUGGGUGGGAUGACUCUAACGCGUCAGACACAUUCAAUUCCAUUGGUGGUUGGGGGUCAUGA